AAGCUGAGUAUGACAUUUCCUAUCUUUGAGACUCCGGAGGGAGGACGGGUCCAUGCCUCUGUUGAAUAUAAUCAGAUUAAGGAAUUAGCGGAAUCAGUUAGAAAGUAUGGAGUCACGGCCAACUUUACUCUAACACAACUUGACAGGUUGGCCAUGACAGCAUUGACACCUGCUGAUUGGCAGAUGAUUGCUAAGGCAGCCCUUGCCAGCAUGGGCCAAUACAUGGAAUGGAAAGCGCUCUGGUAUGAGGCAGCCCAAACACAGGCCAGAGCGAAUGCUACGGCCUUAAUACCUGAGCAACAAGAAUGGACUUUCGAACUCUUAACAGGACAGGGCCGCUUUGCAGCUGAUCAGUCUGCUUACCACUGGGGCGCCUAUGCUCAGGUCUCCAGCACGGCUAUUAGAGCCUGGAAGGCACUGUCCAGGAGAGGAGGGAAUGAUAAUCAACUUACAAAAAUCGUUCAGGGACCCCAGGAAAAUUUCUCAGAUUUUGUAGCUAGAAUGACAGAGGCUGCAGGACGAAUCUUUGGCGAUCCUGAACAAGCAGCACCACUAAUAGAACAGCUUUUCGAGCAAGCCACCCAGGAGUGCCAACAGCCAUAG